AGCACUGAUAGGCGGCACUGAUAGGUGACACUGAUAGACGGACGGCACUGACUGGCAUCACUGCUGGGCACUGACUGGCGGCACUGACUGGCACAACCCCUGGGCACUGACUGGUGGCACUGACUGGCAGCACUGGUGGAUGGCACUGGUGGGUGGCACUGGUGGGUGGCACUGGUGGGUGGGCACAGGUGGGUGGGCACAGGUGGGUGGCACUGCUGGGCACAGGUGGGUGGCACUUCUGGGCACAGGUGGGUGGCACUGCAGAGUGGCACAGGUGGGCGGAGCUAGUGGGCGCACUGCUGGGCACAGGUGGGCGGAGCUUGCGGGUGGCACUGCUGGG